AUGGCACCACACUUGAGUCAGGCCCAGCGCCUACAGCUGGUGAUUUGUAUAUCACUAUGUUUCUUCAUUGCAGAAAUAUCUGUUGGAUUCUAUACGCGAUCUCUCGCUCUUAUUGCAGAUGCCUUCCACUACUUGAAUGAUCUAAUUGGAUUUAUUGUCGCAUAUGCUGCAUUGAAGAUAUCCGCAAAGAAAGACUCUCCUCAAGAUCUGUCCUUUGGCUGGCAGCGGUCUCGACUUCUCGGUGCCUUUUUCAACGGCGUUUUCCUUCUCGCUUUGGGAGUCAGCAUAUUCCUGCAAUCCAUAGAACGAUUUGUUUCUCUCCAGCUCGUGGAUCACCCAAAACUCGUGUUAAUCAUCGGCUGCGUUGGUCUUGCUCUCAAUAUAAUCAGCGCCUCGUUCCUUCACGAACAUGAUCACUCCCACAACGAGACUCCAGGGGCUAUCGAUGCAUCGGUGAAUACAGAGGAUGGCACAGGGCAGGUAUUCACGCUGCACGAUAACCAUCGACACAACAACCUCCAGCCAUCUAAGAGGGGGCACGAUCUCGGUAUGCUCGGUGUCCUGAUACAUGUGAUUGGCGAUGCUGCCAACAAUGUUGGUGUCAUCAUCUCUGCAUUGAUCAUUUGGCUCACUACGUACCCGGCUCGAUAUUAUGCCGACCCUGCCAUUAGCAUGGCUAUUGCGAUUGUUAUCCUUUCCACAUCAAUCCCCCUAGUGAGAAACUCGGGUAGAAUUCUUCUAGAAAGUGUCCCGAGUGGUAUAAACCUUGACGAUGUUCGACAUGAUCUUGAAACUAUCCCAGGCGUAGUCUCUGUACAUGAACUCCACGUAUGGCGCCUCAACCAAGAAAAGGCACUGGCAUCGGUCCACGUCACCAUUUCCAAUGAGACCAUUUCCGAUUUCGUGCAAAUUGCAAAGAUUAUGAACGAUUGUUUCCAUAGCUACGGGAUUCAUUCUGCUACGGUGCAACCGGAGCUGGGAUCUGCUCUGACCUCGCCAAGCGCGACGAGCGUUGAUGGCCAGGAAGACUUUUCGCAGCCGUGUCAAGUCAAAUGUGGUGCUUCUUGUGAAGUGUUGACUUGCUGCGGCUAG